ACACCAAGGCACACAUUAAGUCACCAGCUGCACACAUCCGUGCCCUUCACGCUCCCCCGGCCUCCCUCGCCCUGCACAAUGUAUUUCUGCUUGCUGGGGCGCAUGUGACAGUGCAGUCCCUGCUUUGCCUAGCUCUGAGCAGCAGGUCUCUCAGGUAACAGGUGGCAGCUUCCCCUGUUGGAUUCUAGGCAUAAAAAAGAAUGACCUCAUAGGGGUGGGGCUCUGGGACUCCAUAGAGGUGGCAGUCACAGCCAGGUAACCCUGAGUGACGCCGCCGGCUAGUAAGAAGGGGCAGUUAGACUGUUGCUCGGGUGUGUCCCCCUCACUCUGAGGCACCUCGGCAGCUGGGCCUGGCCUGUAAGCCUCUGAAGCUGGUCUUUGCCUCACAUGGAGCCCAAAGAAGCCAUGAGGACUGAAAACAUGGGCACCAAGAAGAAGAAUCUGACCUUCCUGAGGACCAGGCUGUACAUGCUGGAGAGGAGGAAGACGGACAGCGUGGUGGCCGGCAGCGCCCCUGCGGACCCCUCUGCCAGUCUGCGCAGGAGCCAGUCCGACAGGACCGAGUACAGCCAGAAACUGCAAGAAAAGAUGGCUCCGCAGGCCGAGGGCUCUGCAGCUCAGGGGCCUGCCCUGGAGACCGAGCACCAGCUGAGGAGGGUGAUGGCGAAGAGGGCGCGAAUCAUGGCGGAGCUGAUCCAGACGGAGCGGGACUACCUCAACGACUUAGAGCUGUGCGUCAGGGAAGUGGUCCGGCCCCUGAGAGAGAAGCAGCUCGACAGGCUGGACGUGGACAGCUUGUUCAGCAACAUCGAAGCGGUGUGCCAGAUAUCCGCCAAGCUGCUGGCGCUGCUGGAAGAGGCCACCACGGACGUGGAACCGGCCAGGCAAGUCAUCGGGGAAGUGUUCUUGCAGAUCAAAGGGCCGCUGGAGGACGUUUACAAAAUCUACUGCUACCACCACGACGACGCUCGCAGUGUCCUGGAGUCCUAUGAAAAGGAGGAGGAACUGAAGCGACACUUGAGCCAGUGUGUCCAGUCCUUAAAGAGAAUAUACACGGAAGAAGGCAAGUCUAACCUCCUGGACAUGGGCUCGCUGAUGAUCAAGCCCAUUCAGCGGGUGAUGAAGUACCCACUGCUCCUGUGCGAGCUGCGGAACUCCACGCCCCCUUCCCACCCGGAUUACCGAGCGCUGGAGGACGCCUUCGCUGCCGUGAAGGACAUCAACGUGAACAUCAACGAACUUAAGAGAAGGAAAGAUCUAGUUCUCAAAUACAGGAAGAAUGACGAGGAUGAAUCACUUAAAGACAAAUUGUCUAAACUGAAUAUUCAUUCAAUUAGCAAGAAAUCAAAAAGAGUGACGAAUCAUCUAAAGAUCCUAACCAGAGGAGAACCGCAGGUGAAAGACAAUACCUUUAACAGAGAAGAAAAGCUUUUUCGGUCUUUAGAAAAGACUGUGAGGCUCUGUGUGAAGAACAUCUCGUCCUGCCUUCAACACACCCAGGACGCUGUGCCCUUGGCUCUGCAGAGUGUGAUGGGGCUCGGGGAGAUCGCACACGACAAAGGCGAGGACGAGGGGGACUCUUCGGAUACGCCGAGGGACGCCCUGAAUCCCUGUCACGACUUUGCCGCUCCCUUGCAGAGGCUCGUCCUGACCCCCCUGGCGGCCCUGCUCUCCUUGUUCCCAGGGCCGCAGAAGCUCAUCCAGAAACGCUACGACAAGCUGCUGGACUACAACGGCUGCCUGCAGCGGUCGGCAGGGGACGAGUCGGACUUGGCCAAAAAGGAGUAUGAGGCCCUCAACGCCCAGCUGGUGGAGGAGCUGCAGGCGUUCAACCGGGCGGCAGGGAGGGUCCUGCGGAGCUGCCUGGGCAGCUAUGUCACCCUCCUGAGAGACCUGAUGCUCCGGGCGCAGCAGGCGCAUUCCGCCGCGGGGCCGGUGCCACUGACGGCCCCAGACAUCUCCGUGGUUCAGAACCGAGUGCUGGAAGAGGUUCAGAAUCUGAAUUUUGUGAAGGACAACAGUGCCACCUUCAUUGAGAGGAAACUCAGCUUUGAAAAGAAAAAGCCCGUGCAGAGUCUGCCAGAAGGGCCACGUCAGACGGACAGUCACCGCUCCCAGCUUCUGUGCACCUACAGUGCAGAGGAGCUCUACCAAGCCAAGCGCAGGUGCAACGUGACACAGGAGCAGGACAUCAGUCUUCUGGAAGGAGAGCUGGUGGCUGUCAUGGAACAGAAAGACCCCCUGGGGAGUUCCAGCAGGUGGCUUGUUGACACCGGAAUUGCCAAAGGGUACGUGUACGCCUCUUUCCUAAAACCCUACAAUCCAGCCAGAGCGCGGAAGGGGGAUGCCGAGAGCAGGCUCCGUGAGGAUGACUUCGACAACAUCAGCCUCUUUGUGUCUUCACGGCCAGCGAGAGACAGUGUCACGGGCACCCCAGAAGGCAGCAUAAGCGACAGCAGCUCGUCUCUUAGUGGCACAUGUGGAAAGUUAGAGACCAAUGGCACUGAUGUUGACAGUUUUCAGGAAGUAGAGGAACAGAUUUUCUAUGCAGUUCAUGCUUUUCAAGCCCGGAGUGACCAUGAGCUCAGCCUCCAGGAGUAUCAGAGAGUCCACAUUCUCCGAUUCUGUGACCUCAGUGGCAAUAGGGAGUGGUGGUUAGCGGAAGCUCAGGGGCAGAGAGGGUACGUGCCAGCCAACUAUCUCGGGAAGAUGAGCUACGCCUGAGAGCACCAGCCUCUGCCUCAGUUUUCCGACACACUAUCGACUGAUUACCUCCUAAAACUGAACAUCGGACCAAAAAGCAAGGGGCCUCCAGAUGAUAUGAACUGCUACUUUGUCAAGGUCGAGGGAAGACCGUACCUCCUGCUGGGGUGACCCCAUGGGUGUGUGCUAGAGCAUACAUGUGCCAGAUACUAUGCCAACAGCAGGGCAGACCGCCCAGGCCCCAGUGGCCAGCUCCUUAAAAGCGGGGAUCUUCCGAAAGAGUAACUUAUGAAAGGUCGGCUCUAAGGAUAAGGUCUUUCAAUUUCAUGUGACUUUUUUAUUCUAGUCUAUAUUGGUCUCAAAUACGUUCGUUUUAAAAAUAUUUUUCCCUUGUAUAUGCAUGUAUGUUUACAUACAUACAUACAUAUACCCUAUGUCUUCUACAGUUUAUACAUGCAUGUAUAUAGUAGUGGUAACACACAUAUGUGUAAAACAAAAACAUACUAAAUACACAGAAAUGUAGGAAUUGCCUAACAACUGACUAAAAGUUUUUGAUGUGGAAGCUUUUAAAAAUAUUUUUAAAGGGAAAAAGAGCACUCUGUUAGCUAGGUAACAGCUGACACUGAGUGCAUACUACAUGCUGAACACUGUUCUAAGUGGUUUAUGUGUGGAAACUCUUUUGUACUCAUGAUAGAAAUUUGUGGCCCAAAAGUGAAGUUGUUUGGCCCAAGUCACACUGCUAGUAAGUGGUAGGGUUGGGACUCAAACCUGGGGUAGGGUAGCUGCUCCUAACCACUGACCAGGACCCCGGCUGUGUGUUCGUUUGCAAUCUGCGAAGCACUGAGCGAUGCAAAGAGUGAACAGUGAUGAGGACCGUUCCGCCUCAGGCCCAGAUGUCAGCAUUUAGAUUUUCAAAAUUAAGGGCUACCAUAUUAGCUUAGAGAGAACAAAGCAUCUAGGUUUAUUAUUAUUAUUAUUAUCUUUACUGUUAUAACCAUUUCUGAGCGUAUACUCCUUCAAAAGCGAUCUUACAUGAUGGCUAAUGGUGCUUUAAUGAGGAAGUAUUUGUGGAUCGCCCAAUCACUUAGAUGACAAAUGGGGCAUGUGUGUUCCAUGUGCUGAGCCAAGCUGUAAAUAUUUUUGUUCGAACAAGACAGGCACCAAGGAUAACCUCUGCUAUCACGCAGCUCUAGACACGGGACUGUCAUUUGGGCAUCCUUCAGAGAGAAUUGCCCUCUAAAGUUUCAGGCAUAUUUUGCCAAGACAUUUUCUGAACUAAAGAUGCUUCUUUGUAACAGAAAAAAGAUUGAACCUGACUUUAGGUGGGCACUCAAAGACUUUAGGUAUACAGGGACUUUGUUUUUAAUUAUUCUUUACAGACCCAAUUUCAAAUGAGAGUGAAUUCCAGUUCACCUAGGGUUAAAGCAAAAGAAAUGCACACUUGCCGUAUGUGGAGAUGAUGAGCAUGCCCCCAAACCAAAAGAGUGGGAAAAUGUGGGCUAUGUGUGCGUUUAUAUACGCUCACUUGUGUACAUAUAGAAGUUGUGUCCCUAAAGCUCCCAACAAAAAUGAAGACAUAUAAGUAGCACAGGUCUGCUUCUCUGGCUGAAAUAACUGGCCAGAUGGACAUGAGAAAUGUGUCCACUUGUUGGUCCUGGGACUGAUGCGUCCUGUCGGACCGCUGAGAAACCACGCCAGGAAAAGGCAGUCUGGCAGGGAGCCGCUGAGCAAAGCCCAAGGAAGCCUCCCCACUGCAGCUCUCCUCUCCUCUCCCCUCCCCUCCCACCGCAGCUCUCCUCUCCCCUCCCACCACGUUCUCUCCUCCCACCGCGUUCUCCCCUUCCACCGCAGCCGUUCCCCACCCGAUGUGCUCCUAAACAACCGGGAAACUACCUUGGGACGCUUUAGGAACGCGGUUUACAUUUCACUGGCCACCUAGGCUUUGCAAAAAACGUUAUGUAACACCCUCAUUUUCUAAGGACUUUGUUUAAAAUCAAGUAAAUUCUAAUCUCGAGGUCAUUUUAUUGGGCUUUAGGGAAAUAAAUUCCCCAAAUAGCUAUGAGAUGUGUAAUUCUUCAAGAGGUUUAAAAGAUAAAACGGUUGUGACAUCAGUGUAAUUUGGGAUAGGUAUACUAAUGUAAUUAUUUCUUUAUAGCUUUUUAAAAUUAAAUACUACUGUAAAGUAUAGGAUCCUCUGAAAUCGGUAUUUUUACUAAGAAUGAAGGGGAGAUUUUUGUAGCACUUAAAAAAAAACAAAUGAACAAGUGUAUGUACAGAUUUUAUUUAGUAUAUUUUAAAUACAGAUAUUCUAAACUAUCAUACAUAAUCAAGUUGAAAAAUUAUAAAACAUUAAUCCAGUAAUGUAAAAUUAUUCUGGGUGCUUUAAUCAUAAAAAAAGGCAUGAUGCCACUAAUUGGACAUUUCUUACUUUUUUUAAUUUUUAUUUUCAUUAGUAAACAGUUCGAUGAAGGCUGCAUUGUGCAGAGAAAUACAAUGCACAUUGUUAAUCACAACAAUGAAGCCGUUGCAUGAUAUAACUGAGGACUGGAAUGUUCUAUUUUGGCUAAAAUGUAGUUUUAGAGAAGGCUGCUAAUUGCCUGUCACUAUUCUUGGUGAAUGUCGUUCAGGUGAUUUGCAAACAUUAGUGUUUUUGCUACUGAAUCACGGAAUUAAAAAAUGCUUCACUCUUCCCAUUAGCUUCUUGGAUUUUUGUCCAUGGUGAAGACCUCUCAAAGCCAUAUGAAUAAAAGGAGGAAAUCUUUCUAUCUUGAUAUCUAAGACCACAAGAACACUCCUUAUUUAAAUCCUGUUUGUUUUAACUAUGGCUUCGGAAGGGACUCACUGUACCAUACAACACUGGGUGGGUGACACCUGCACCUCACAAAAUCCAGGCUGAGUUAAACACCGGUCCAUGAGAAAGUCCCGAAAAUUCAUUGACUGAAUGGACACAGAACAUGGUAUUCUCUAAGGAUCGAUCACUGUUUUGUUACUUCCCUCCUUGCAUCUACUACGUAAAUACAUCUACACUCAGGCACUAAUGCUCUGUGAUCUAAGAGAUUAUUCUAGUGUAGCGGAUCUUCAUUCGGGCUAGUCACUCGGGCUAGUGGAACUCUAGCCGAGUCUGUGGGCCGGCUGCUGCUCGCACAUUUUCACGCCCUAGCCAGACACAGGCCAGAAUCGCUUUAGUUUCUCAGGAAAAUAAGUCGUACUUCCGUGAGCACUGGAAAGAGGCGUUCUUGUUCGGAAUUCUAGGAAAUGAAUUCUCAGGAAAUCAAAUAAAGUUGAUCUCAGUUUAAAAAGUAACCCAGUGAU